AUGGAAGUUCUUACCAUGAAAAUGGACAAUCUAUCUAAGUCAGUCAACAGGGUACACCAAUCGCCACCUGUUUGCGAAAGCUGUGGAGCGUAUCAUGCUAGUACACGCUGCCCUUUGGCGUCUACACAUGUUAAUCAAUCCGAAGAAGUUGGACAAAUUGCAGCCGCACUAUCAGGUAGAGCUCAAGGAACAUUGCCUAGUAAUACUGAAACAAACCCUAAGGAACAGGUCAAAGCAAUCACUACACGUAGUGGCAUCCAGUUACCAGAAAUACAUGUAAAGCGACCAGCAACUGUCAUAGAAAAGGCACCUACCAUGGACGAGGAGCAAGUGGAUGAAUUAGACAAGGCCGCUGAGGAAAAUCAAGUUGAGUCAUCAGAUAGUCCACAGGUGAAAGCAACUGCUCCUGUCAAAGCAUAUGUUCCUCCAAUCCCAUUUCCACAGAGAUUGCAAAAACAUAAGCUCGACAAGCAAUUCCAGAAAUUUUUGGAUGUGUUCAAGAAGCUGCAUAUUAACAUACCAUUUGCUGAAGCUUUAGCCCAAAUGCCCAGCUAUGCUAAGUUCAUGAAGGAUAUUCUAUCAAAUAAGAGAAAGCUGGAAGACAAUGAAACAGUCAUGCUUACUGAGGAGUGUAGCGCAAUUCUCCAACACAAAUUACCACCGAAACUAAAAGACCCAGGGAGUUUUACUAUUCCUUGUCACAUUGGUAAUUUGUAUAUAGAUAAGGCGUUGUGUGAUCUAGGAGCUAGCAUUAAUUUAAUGCCUUUAUCUCUUUUCCGGAAACUAGGUUUGGGGGAAGCAAAACCGACAACAGUUUCACUACAGUUGGCUGACAGGUCGAUCAAACACCCUCGUGGUAUUUGUGAGGAUAUUUUGGUGAAGGUUGACAAAUUUAUCUUCCCAGUAGACUUCAUUAUUCUGGAUAUGGAAGAAGAUAGAGACGUCCCCCUCAUAUUGGGUCGUCCAUUUUUGGCUACGGGAAGGGCUUUGAUAGAUGUGCAAAAGGGUCAAUUGAUAUUGAGGUUAAAUGAAGAAGAACUGACAAUCAACGUGUUUCGAGCUUUCAGAUUUCAGAGCGAACCGGAUUCUUGCAUGCAGAUUGAUAAAAAGAGGAAGCAGAAGAAUAUGCACGUUAUUUGGCAGCCAUACCACCAUUCUUCAAGCAACCGCGUUUGGAGCUCGGUGAAAGACCUACAACACAUUUACCAUCUAUACAAUAAGCUCCAACUCUUGAACUCAAACAACUGCCAACCCAUCUUCGCUACGCAUACUUGGGGGAAAAGAAUUCACUUCCAGUAA